AUGGGGGUGGUGGAUGCUUCCAUAGGGUGGCUGGUGCAAACCAUCCUUGGGAGCCUCUUCACUGAACAGAUCGAAGCCUGGGCUCGUGGUGUUGGGCUUGACGAAGAUGUGGAGAACCUCAAGUCUGAGAUGAGGAACGUGCAGAUGGUGCUUGCUGCAGCCGAGGGGAGGAGGAUUGACAACAAGCCACUGGCCCGGUCCCUGGGUGACCUCAAAGGGCUGCUUUAUGAUGCCGAAGAUGUGAUGGACGAGCUCGACUACUAUCGCCUCCAACAACAGAUCGAACAAGGGGAUGGUUGUACGAAUCCUGAGAAGAGGCCUGCGUCUUCUUCCACUCCAACUAUUUUUCAACGAGCAUGUAGUACUGCGAGCCGAGUUAUUAGUUCGGCCUUGCAUGGAGGAAAAAGGAAGAGAGAGGAGGAGCCAAGUCAUUGCACCAUGCUGCGUUAUGAUAUUCAACCUGACAUUUCUGAGAGGAUCAAGGGGAUAGUAAAUUGUUUACACAAGCUUGGCAAUUCUGUGCGGGAGGUUCUUCAUCUAGAGAUCUCAAACCCCAUUGCAAUGAGAAACCAGAAUCAGUAUGUGGCCAUGAACACACGUCUGACAACUUCUGUUCCAAUUGAAGACAAGGUAUACGGAAGGGAUGCGGAGAGGGACAAGAUAAUAGAGCUGUUAAUAAAUGGGAAAUCUGAAGACCUACAAGUUCUGCCUAUAGUUGGCAUCGGUGGUGUUGGGAAGACAACUCUUGCCAGAUUUGUGUACAAUGAUCAAAGAGUCGAAGACCAUUUUGAUUUGCGAAUGUGGGUUUGUGUAUCGACCAACUUCGACAAAGUGAGGCUAACACGUGAGAUCUUGGAGUAUGCAUGUACAGAUAGACAGCAGUACGAAAGAAUCACUGCUUGUACUAACUUCAGCGUGCUGCAGAAUAUCCUUCUGAAGAAUCUUGAAAACAAAAGAUUCCUGCUUGUAUUUGAUGACAUGUGGGAGGAAAAGGACAGGAGAGGAUGGUUUAGCCUUUUAGCUCCCUUAAAACACAAUCAUGUACCUGGUUGCAUGAUUUUAGCAACAACCCGAAGACCAUCAGUUGCAAAAAUGAUAGGAACGAUGGAUCCGAUAUCAGUUAAAGGUCUGAAUGAAAAAGAAUUUUGGCUUUUCUUCAAGGCAUGUGCAUUUGGUAAUGACAGCCAUGAGGGCCAUCCUAGUCUGCAGUCCAUUGGGCAGCAGAUUGUUAUAGCACUAAAGGGUUGUCCACUAGCUGCACGAAGUGUCGGUGCACUUUUGAGCAGAAAUGUUGGCUACGAGCACUGGAGGACAGUUCAAAACAAAUGGAAAUCUCUUCAAGAAGAUACUGAUGAUAUUUUACCUAUCUUGAAGCUCAGUUAUGAUUUUUUACCGGUCCACCUGCAGCAGUGUUUCUCAUACUGCUCUCUGUUUCCAGAGGGCUAUAGAUUUAAUGGGGGAAAUUUGGUCCGUAUUUGGAUAUCACAAAAUUUUGUGCAGUGUCAAGACUCUACCAAGAGAUUGGAGGAAACAGGGAUGCAAUAUUUGGAUAACUUAGUGGAUUUUGGCUUUUUCCAAAAGGUUGACUCGGAAUAUGUCUUGCAUGACCUAAUGCAUGAAUUGGCUCAGAUGGUUUCGCUAAAUGAGUGUGCCACUAUAAAUGGAUCCAACUCUACGGACUUCCAACCUAGUGUUCGCCAUUUGUCAAUCAUAACUACUGCUUAUGAGAAAGAUGGACAUUGCAGUAUCCCCUGUGAGAAGUUUCAGAACAUACUAGAGAAUGUUGGGUUUUCAGAAAAAUUGAGGACCUUGAUGGUUUUCGGCAGAAGCAGCAUACAUUUAUUAAGGUUCCUACACACUUUGUGUAUGAAGUCAAAAAGUUUACGAGUCGUGAGGAUUUAUGUGACCCAUGACGAUGUCAGCCCUACAAUUAGUUUCUUAAAUCCGUGUCAUCUUCGCUACCUUGAAUUUGUUUGGGCAAAUGUGGACCCUCAGAAAAAUAUCGUUCUUCCUCAAGUUUUGACAAAAUUUUAUCACCUUCAAUUCUUCAAUGCCGGCAUUGGAAGCAAUAUUUCUGUACCUACUAGUAUGAACAGUCUCAUUAAUUUACGGAAUAUUGUUCCCCAUGAGAAAGUGCUCUUAGAAAUCGCUGGUGUCGGCAAGUUGACCUCUCUUCAGUGGCUAAAAUUCAAGGUUCGAAUUGAUGAUGAAUUUGAUAUAAAUCAACUUCGAUCCAUGAAUAAGCUUGUAACUCUUGAAAUUUCUCAACUUGAAAAUGUGAAGACCAAAGAACAGUCCAGCGGAGCUAGGCUGAUAGACAAAGAGUAUCUGCAAAAGUUGUCCUUAUCAUGGAAUGAUAUCAGUGUGGUCCUUGAUCCUUGUGCAGCUAGGAGAACAGAAGAUGUGCUUGAGGGUCUUCAACCUCAUGAGAACCUCGAAAGACUAUGUAUAACUGGGUACAAGGGCGCUAACUCACCAACCUGGCUUGCCGGUAAUGUGUCUAUUAAGAUGCUGAAGAUACUUCGUCUAGAGAAGUGCAAGGAAUGGAGAUUUCUCCGUCUUCAAUUGCUUCCGUUCCUUAGGAAGCUAACAAUGAUCAGGAUGUUGAACUUGGUGGAAAUUUCAAUUCCUUCUUUGGAAGAGUUGGUCUUGAUUGAGAUGCCAAGAUUGGAAAAAUGUCUUGGUACUUAUGGGAAGGAAUUGACGUCUGAACUAAGGGUAAUUAUCAUCAAGGGCUGCCCUCAACUGAACGAGUUCACUCCUUUCCAGAGUUACUCUUCUUUCCAUGCCGAGCAAAAGUCAUGGUUUCCCUCGCUCUGCAAACUGGCCAUCUGCUAUUGUCCUCGUGUAAUGAACUGGGAAAUCCUUCCACUGGGAGGAAUGCCGGAACUCAAGGCGUUGAAGUUAAUGGACCUGCAUCUUGUGAGAGAAUUGUCAGUUCAUUCUUCUCUGGAGAACUUGGAGUUGAUUAAAAUGCCAAGACUAGAAAGGUGCAGCGGGCUGACGGUUCCUCCAUCUCCUCCUUCACUGGAGGAACAGAAUGUGUGUCUAUCUAGUCUCCAUACACUCAUCCUACAAGACUGCCCUAGUCUGAUGGUCUCCCGUCCGCUACCACCUUCUGCUCAUGUACGGAAAAUUUCCAUCCAAGGAAAACUACCAAUAAAGAUAAGCAGCCGCCAAAGAGGAUGGAUCAACAUAGUAUCCAGUGAGUCGAGUGUGCUGGAUGACCGGAUCUUAGCAUUCCAAAAUCUUAGGGGCAUGAGAUCGUUGAGCAUAGAGAAUUGUCCAAAAUUGAUUUCUAUUUCAAGUGCAAGUUUCAGCCAGCUCACUGGUUUAGAGUCUUUGAGGAUACACAACUGCUCUAACUUGCUGAAGCCACCCACCACAUUAGAGGCAGCACCGGAAACCUUGCCUGCCCUCCCAUUUCUCAAAGAACUCAACAUUUCUGCUUCCGGCAUAUCAGGGUUGUGUCUGACUAAAAUGCUUCCUCAUUUGCCGUCCCUUGAGCAUUUGAGCUUACAUGAUUGUCCAGAAAUAAAAUGGUUAUGGAUCAGUCAACCUACAGAAACAGAAGGAAGCUGCAGUUUGUAUUCCGCAGUGGCGUUGUCAGCAGAAGAACAAACACUAUUGAAAGUGCCAUGUAACAUCCUUUGUUCUCUGAAGAAGCUAACUCUGUCUGGAUGUGUAGAUCUGGAAUUUUAUGGUGGCAAGGGAGGAUUCGGAGGAUUUACCACUCUUGAGGAACUAGUUAUUCAUGGUUGCCGAAAGCUGGGUUCAUUGUUGGUGAGCAGGACGAAAGAUGACAUGGAUGUUGCACUACUCCCACCGUCCCUUAAGGGGCUAAGAAUUUUUGAUUGUCCCAACCUGCAGCUAUUGUUGGCGAGGGAUACGAAAGAUGAUACUAGUAAUGUGGAUGUUGGGUUACUUCCGUCGUCACUUGGAGUGCUUUCUCUUAACCAUCUCCCAGAAAACUUGCAGUCCUACUCCCCUAAAGGCUUGGUCGACCUCAGAUCCUUGAGACUCGGGGGUAGCCCAUUUUUUAAGUGUGUACAGCUCCAUUUGUGCACGGCCUUGGAGGAUCUGCAAAUUUGGGAGUGUGAACAGCUUGGUGCAUUGGAGGGCUUGCGAUUCCUCACGACUCUUCGAAGCAUGAAAAUUUCUAGGUGUAAACAGCUGGUUGCCUUGGAGGGCUUGCAAUUGCUCACCUCUCUUCGAAGCAUGAAAAUUUCGAGCUGUCAACAGCUGGGUGCGUUGGAGGGCUUGCAAUUGCUCAGCUCUCUUGGAAGCUUGGAAAUAGAGAUGACUGCUGCGUUAUCUGCUGCAUGGGAGAGGGAUCCAAAGCUACAGGAGCAAGAACAGGGUGGAAAUCAGAUUGGACUGCUUCCUCCGUCAAUUACCAGACUUGUGAUCCGGAGUCUCACAAACAAUGUCCAGUCCCGUCUGCUAUCCUGUCUCCCUGCCAUAACUGAACUAGCAGUACGGGAAAGUCCAGAAUUGACAUCUCUACAGUUGGGAUACUGCACGGCACUGACAGAGUUAAGAAUUAGAGAUUGUGAGUCGCUUGCUUCGAUCGAGGGCUUCCAGUCCCUUACAAACCUGACGUCCUUCACAGUAGCUGCCUCCUCUGGCUUACCUCCAUGGAUGGAGCUUUUGUUGCAGCAGCAAGGGGCCUGUGAGGUCUUGUCUCGACUGGAAAGACUUGUGAUACUUGGGGACACCCCUGUCCUUACAAUGUCCCUCUGCAAACAGCUCACGUCUCUACGAUACCUAGAUUUCUGCGGAAACAGGACGAGCCAGAUGGUCAACCUAACGGAAGAACAGGAGAGAGCGCUCCAGCUUCUCACCUCCCUCCAAGAGCUCCACUUUGGGUACUACCCGAACCUCCUGUUACUUCCUGCAGAUCUGCGAAGCCUGGUCUCCCUCAAGUCCCUGAGAAUCCUUUCCUGUCCAAGCAUCUCGGGGCUGCCGGAAAUGCCAGCUUCAUAUAGACUUCUUGUGCAUGAUUGCAGCGAGGAGCUAGCUCAGCGAUGCAAAGAAUGGGAGGAACGGAGAAGGGAGGAUUAA